UGCGCAAAACUGGGCAGUGACUGGACUGCCAUGAACAAAGAUGGCGGCCCUAGAUCACACGUUGGCUUGUUAUUGGCUGUCUGAGGGACGUCAUCGUGGCGCCAAAACAAUCAGGCGCGUUCGAUAGAAAGAAUUGAGCAAAAAGCGCCUGCCUUCAUCUCCCUAAUGGAACAUCCAGUGCAAGAGUGGCAAGAUCAAGUCCAUAUCAUAUGGGCACAUCUUACCUCAUCUGAGAAAAAGAAGUUUUCUUCUACUGCAAACCUUGAUGAGAUAUUUCAGGCUUGUUUAUCACAUUUCCGACAGGAUGAAGAGCAGCUUAUUGAGCGACUUUGCUGCAAUCUAACUGUGGCCAAAGACCCUAAUGCGGUACAGUUCUUCAAAGAAGAAGGAAACAAGAGGUUUGCCGAAAAGCAAUUUGCGACUGCAGCUGGAUUAUAUUCCAAGGCAAUCACUCAUGCCAAAUCUGGUUCUGAGGCAAUGGCAAUAUGCUUUGCUAACAGAUCAGCAGCUCUGUUUCACCUUGGUCAAUAUUCAGUAUGCCUGGAGGAUAUUAAACGUGCACAAGACCAGGGGUAUCCUGAGCGGCUGAGGAACAAGAUUCUUCAGAGAAAGACUGAAUGUUUUCAAAAACUGAGAAAACCAUCUUCUUCGACCUCACACACCCCUAAACUAGAAUGUGUUGAGAUAGUUAAGCCUGAAACAGGGCCCCAACAGACUAUGUCUACUGAAAGACUAAAAGAAAUGGGGCUGGACGGGAAUCCUCAAAUAACAAAUGCCUCCUGUGCUUUGCACCUUAACUUUGACACUUGUAAAGGACGCCAUUUGUUGGCAUCUCGGAACAUUGAGCAAGGGGAGAUCCUAAUCUGGGAAGAAGCCUUUGCUAGUGUGAUUAUCCCAGAGAGAAACCAAUGGAGAAAAGGAGAAAAAUGGGACGCUAAGAUUACAGUUUGUGAUCUUUAUUGUCACCACUGCUUGAAUAAAGUCAUAGCUUCCCUGCCCUGUCAGCAUUGCAGUUUUGCCAGCUACUGUAGUCAGGAGUGCAUGGAUAAGGCCUGGAGAAGUUACCACUAUAUUGAGUGUUCAUUAGGUUGCCUAUUACUUGCUCUUGGAGUUUUUUGUCACACAGCACUUAGGGCAGUGCUUGUAGCCGGCUGCAGGUUGGUGUCUCAGUUGUUAGAGGGGACUGGGUCAGCAGAUGCAGGUGAUGAUAUGAAAGACUGCCAUAGCAAAAGUAGCUAUCAUGAGAAGUAUUGCAGUUCCUACCAGGCUGUAGUCAAUCUACUGCCACACACUGAAAAUCACCAAGCCGAGAGAAAGUUCCUCUGUGCACUCACUGCUGCAGCUUUGUAUAAAAAACUGUGUUUGGUAAUGGCAAAGAAUGCUCUGAGUUCCCCAUCAUCACAGACAGAGGAACCAAUGACAAAGGAGUCAAGUCGAACUGAAGACUGGUCCUCGGGGAGGCAGUUCCUUGGUCCUACAAUACUCCGUCAUAUGCUGCAGCUCUAUUGUAAUGCCCAGGCAGUGACUGUACUCCAAGAGGAACAUGACGAGAGCAAUUUGUCGAUUGUGAAGAGCAGCAAAAGCGUCCGCCUGGCCACUGCAGUAUUUCCGGUGCUGAGCCUGCUAAAUCACUCCUGUGAUCCUAAUACCACUGUGUCAUUUAAGGGAAGAUUUGUCACGAUCAGAGCUAAUAGGCCAAUAAGGAGAGAUGAGGAAGUGACGCACUGCUAUGGUCCUCAUAAAUUAAGAAUUGGUGUGGCUGAGAGGCAACAGUCAUUGAAGGAUCAAUAUUUUUUUACAUGCCGGUGUAAAGCCUGUACGGAAGAGCUGAAAGGGAAAAAGACUCAUGGAUUUUGCUGUCCGAUGUGCAGAACCCAAUUAGAGGGUGAGGAGGAAUUAUACUGUACUGGUGCAAGUUGUGCAUUUACCGCUGCACGGGUCCAGUUCACCUCAAGACUAAAGCUGCUUGAGAACCGUAUUCAGAUAGCUAAGGGACAACUGCAGGACAACAAGACAGAUGAUGCCAAAAUUAUGUUGAUGUCCUGUUUAUCAGAAGCGGAGCGUUUUCUCUCCCAGAAUCACCUGCUGGUGGGGGAGAUCAUGGAUCAUCUGGCUCAGGCUGAAGCUUCAGAUGGCAAUUGGAGAGCAGCUGCAGGGCACCUUAGAAAGAGCAUCAGCAUAGUUGAAGUUCAUUAUGGCUCCUCCAGUAUGGAACUUGGACAUGAACUCUUCAAGCUUGCUCAGAUCCUAUUUAAUGGGUUUGAGGUGCUUGAUGCAAUGAAAACUAUCAUGGAGGCUCAGAAGGUUCUAUCGAUGCACUAUGGGUCGGAUCACAAUCUAGUGCAGGAGCUGAAAACUAUGGAGACAUGUCUGAUACAAUUUCAUGGGUAUCCUAGAAAGUGACACACUUCCAGAAUAAAGAGGAAUAAAUAUGGAAAAACUCAAGAUGAGGACCUGUAACUAUAAAUCAGAGCUUAUAGUAGUUUUCAAAAUAUUGUUUGGCUCAGAAGUUCCUGUAUCUGUUGCCUUAAUGCUCAGAAACUCCUGUAUUCUUUCUGUGCACCAACUGUUGGGGGACUAACUUUGACUAAUUAGAAUAGCUUUCUCAUUACACCUUAUUUAUGAGAUGCAUGUCCCUGUUCAGUCAUUAUUUUCAUAAAUAUCACAGAUGUGAAACUCUGCUCCUUUUUCUGCCAGGGAAGGAAUCAGGGGAGAAAUCAUUAACGAGCAGUAAGUACAAAGGCUUUUUAUUUGUUCUGACAUGAAGCAGAUGAGAAGAGCACAUAAAGGGGCAUUGUCACUUUGAAAAAGCACAGCAGAGGAAUAGAACUGAAUGGUGAGCAAGAGGAAAGGGCAUGGACUCAAGGUCCUCUGUCAUAAUUUUAUCUGGUUCGGAAUAUGGUUUUGGAAAUAUAGUUAGGAACACCAAAUAGCACCAUCUGUUGGUCCUCAUUCUGCUAUCAGCCUUUACUAUGGUCAUAUUAAACAGAUAUUUCAGGCCUUUCGAUACGUACACACUGUUUAAGAGAUACAGUGAUAUUAGAGAAAAGAAAUAUUUUUGUUUUGGAAAUCACUUCAUGCAUUUUAUUUCUGAGACAUAAUUGUUAAACUAUAAGUGCCAUAAGUGUCUGGACACUUUGUCUAAGGCUGACUGCACACUAGGAGACAUUAUUGCCUGUGGGAAAGAAUUUGCAGGAGAUUAUUUGCUCACGGUAAGGAAGAUUUAUUGUCUGAGACUAAUCUCCUAGUGUGCCAUAGACUUAUAAUGACACUGGGACACUGUCUGAGUUCCAAACUGUCUCUGGAAGCAAUAUCGGUGCAAGAACUAUUUGUAGGCUGAUCAGAGGCAAACAAACCUAACAUCACCAGGUGUAAUUCCAAGCAUUGGCUGGAGUGGUGUAAAAAUGACAGUUCUCCAACUGGCAGUCUGAUGGAAAAGUCUACCUGUCAGAAUGCAUUAAACCUGCUGGAGGGAAUAAUGGUCUGGGGCUGGGCCUGUUUUCCAUGGUUUGGGCUAGGGCCUCUGAUUUCACUGAAAGCAAACCUUAAAGGAAAAUGAAACCCUACCAACAACCUGCUCCCAUAUUGGACCACCUGUUAUUCACACAACUGGUCCUAUCUGUGUAUAUGUUAAAGGAUUAGCUUAUGAUAAACUGACAGGAGCCAAUGUGCUGAGUAACUAUUUGGUUUAAUAAAGAAAACCGUACAAACCUCUGCACAAAAUACAAAUGAGGGCAGGCAAAAAGUCCAAGUUCAGGCCAAAGGUCAAGGGCAGUCGGCAGACAAACCAGGGACAGACCAAGGUCGAGACAGGCAGAGGACUUGCAGAGUCCGUUAACAGGCCUAGGUCAAAAACGGGAGAUCGAAUACCAGAGAGAACAGAGCCAAGAUGGCAGGAACUGAACAGGGUUACUGGAACAGGAUCAGGAGCACAAUUCAGGAACAAGAUUAACAUGGCACAAGGUUGGGAUAAGGCAGGUUGGACAAUGAUCCAGCAAGGGAGUCUGGGAAGCAGGCUUAAUAGCCCUUUAAAAAGUAACUGCCUGCAGCUGGAUAUGGUUGGUGUCAGGGAAGAUUGAUAAGGAGGCAGUAAAACAGAAGGCACUUUGUCAGAAUCAGGCUGUCACCAUAGUGCCUUCUGUGGCUCAAGCGUGAGGAUCAGUGGCAAGAAUACAACAGGUCCCUGGUUCACAACCAGGGAGUUCCUGACAAAAUACAAAUAGGGUAGCAGGAUUGUCAGGCACUGCUUCAGCACCUCUUCUUUCCAAUCACCCACAUGGAGCAUGUGCACAUUGAUACGCUUGGUUUAGGAAUAAAAUAUUGGGCAAGCAAGUGCCCAUAUAUAUUGUUGGCUAUAUAGAGCAAUAUGCUACAUAUAUAGAGAAGCACACCUAUAUAUGAAAUGUGUUUAUCCUCUCUUUAAGUCACGGUGGAACCUAUUAAAUCUGUAAAAUUUUCCAUCAUUAAAGGUAUUUGUGACAAGACCUGUUUUAAUCUUUAGUUUGUCCUUAUGUACACAAGGAAAGCUGGUGAAAUAAAUGGAUGCUUUUGUUUUUUUACCCAA